AUGGAUAAGGAGCAUUCCUAUGUUACAGUAGGAAGGGGCAUCCUUUUCAAUGUUCAACUAAAUGGAUUACCAGAAGCUGUUGUCGCAUUCUUGGCUGCAUUCUACUUCCUAGAUGUCGAUUAUCCUAAAUGUCAUGAAAUUGGUAUUUUGUAUUUGCAGACAAGAAUGUUCCAAAAGAUAUUGAUGUACAGUUUAAUGCGCAGCUGUCAGCACACAAAAAGUUCAAAGCCGAUGCAGUGUAAUCGACUGAAUGGAACUAAACAUUUAUCGCCAUAUUUAACUUUUACCACCACAAGGGGCUGUUCAUGUGAGCUGACCUGGCCUGGCUAACCGGGCUGAUUGUUAAGUCACAAAAAUCUUUACAACUCUACACUAACCAUGUCAAGUUCCAAAAGAACUAAGUCAGCACAAACUCUUAAAAUAUAUGUUCUUAAUAAGAAAAUUUACCUGUUACCCUCCCAAGAAAAUUUUUUCUUAAUUCAAGAAAAUUUUCCCCCAAAAAGUUAUUUUCUUAAAAUAAGAAAAUUAUUUUUUUGCUGUGGGGAGGCAAGUUUAGAAUGUGUUUAAAUGGGAAAUUUACGACUUGUCUCCUGUAUUUUCCCAACACAUUAUUGAGAGGAAAUUGCACUUUCAAGUUUUUUAUAAUUUUAAUGAGCAAGUUUGUAGUUACACAGUGCUAGCAGUGACAUAAUUGAUUUUUUUCUACUGACUCACAUGCGCAUGUUUUUCUUUUGUGUAAAGCUAACUAAUAACUGCUUCACUAUAACAAGUUGCUCAAACAACAGGGGGCAUGCAAAGGGCCCAAUUGAAAGAAACCUUUCAAUCAGUGAAUGACUGUUACUGCAUGUGGCAGUUAAAUUCUUCUUGGCUUCAUAGUAAAGUUAUUUCCUACUCCCGCAGUAUAAUGCAAUACAUACAUAAUUAUUUUAUUUUCCCAUUGUAUAGGAUGACUCUAUAUUGAAGUUGACAUCAAUCAGACGGCCGAUCGCCAAGACUAUUUCAGGCCCUUAGAAUUCUCAAGUAACUAAUUUUACACUUAUGCAUAUUAGUGAGGAAAUGGUGGUAAUCAAAUCAUGUUUGCCUGUUUCAAGGGACCCAGCGAUCGCAGUAAAAUAUUGAUAUUUCCUACAUGAACGCAUUCUACAUUUAACAAGAGUGACCAAACAUUUAUAAGAUGAUAAGAUGUAGUUGUGUCACUUGUGUGUACAACAGCAUGCAUGAUGCCCAGCCCAGUGUAUAUUCAAAGAUCUCAAGAUUGAGAUUUGUCAUGUCACUGGUCAAACUGAGUCUGAGUCUAAUGUUGUUAUUCAUUAUGAAGCACAAUAUACAGUAACUCCAGGGGUCCAGGUACUGCAUGUGUAUUGUUACUAGUAUUCACUCUUAUAUAUACUGUACAUGUGCAAACGACAUGUACAUGUUAUAUAUGGCCGAUUAUAUGACAGGUUUGCUCUAUGUUAGAUUUAAUGUCUUAAUUCAUGUUGUUACAUUUCUACUUAUAGUCACUGCACAUGCAUGUGCCAGUUUAUGUUGUAACAGAGACUGGGUUGCUGUCAUUUAUGAUGAUAAAUGGUGGCCAGGAACUGUCGAUUCAACCGAUGAUGAAAUUACAGUUUCGUUUAUGAAACCUGUUGCCAAGAACAAAUUCAUCUGGCAUCAAGAUUCAAAUGGAAAAGGACUGACACAGAUGUUGUGCCAACAACAGACAUUUUGGCAAAGCUGGAAGAGAUCCCAGUACCGGUAUCUAAUCGCCAUUUCUCCUUUUCGGCAAAUUACAUGCGAGAAGUUUAAGUGACCUCAUGAAAACUGUUUAAAGUAACUUUCCAAGCCAAACAACUACAACACAUUAUACACUGUAUAGUUUUUGGUUCUGCUAACUAUUGUUGUAUAUAGUUAUAUUCUUUGUUUUAGAAUAUAUGGUGCUAUUUUAAGCAAGUUUUUGACUUGUUAUUAUAUAUAUUUCACACUUGGUCACACAUGUGACAGAGUUGUCACAGACGGGACAGAAACAUAAUCUUCCCGUACAGUGUUAGUUUUUCACAGAAAUUUGUAUAUGAUCUUAAUAGAGUGUCAAUUGCUGCAAUAUUUCAUGUAUUUUUCAUUAUUUUGUCUUUUCCAAGUUUCACAAGUUAGUUAAGUUUGAGAACUUAACAAAAAAUAUUUUGUGAGUCACACACGUGACAUGCCACAUUUGCCUUGCCUUCAGUUGGUAUCUCAAAGAAGAGAAAAAGUUGUGCUACUGUACUUAUGUGUGCUAAUAAAGUUGACCCAAGACUCAAUAAAUAUCUUAUAAUUUUCAAGGCCCCACUUAUUGCUAAAGCCCUAAGGCCCUGAACAACAUGGUUGUCUGAAUGUCACACAUGUGAUGGGAGAAUCGCCCUUAAUAUUUAUUUGUAAUUAAACCUAUUUGACGAAUGAUUGUUUUUCAAGCAUCUUUUGAUUGGUCAACUGUUUUAUUUGAUGAACAAAUUCAGGAUUGGCCAAUUGGUUAAAACAACAAAAAAUAAUUGCUUGUCACAUCAUAGUUUACAUGUUUUUCUUGUGUUCUUCCAACAUUACACCAUGCACUCUCAGUCUCUCACAUCAUAAAACACACAACUCGAUAUACAACACACAACUGACAAUUACAAAAUAACAAUAAAUAACAACUCUCCAGGGUCUUAGCUAGAAGGCCGUGUUGGCCGUGUUUGCACGGCUAAAAAUGGAAAAACACGGCAAAAUAAAACGAACACGGCUUGGUUAUUUAAUAUAAAGCCGUGUUGCUGUCGGUUUAAAACAUGAAAUUAAAGACAAAAAUUAGCGAUAAUAUGUAUUUAAAUAUACUAUUAUUAAUAUGCCUAAAUCCACUAAUAUUUAUUUCUAAAUACUUUACAAAAAAGAUACUGAAUUUACCCUCGUCAAUUUAUAAAAUCUGUGGUUUUGAUGGAUGUUUACAAAAUAUAAAUAUGGCGUCCUCAUGUGAGGCUACUUCAUGUAAACUUUAGUGUUUAUCAAUUUAAAGUCUCACAUGGCCACAUGGCGGGAAAACGCGGGAAGAAUUUAUAGCAAUAUGGCGUCACAGAAACGAGACAUAAGAGCUUUUUUCACUUCUGCCCAAAGGUAUUUUAUUUAUAUCUUGUACUGACGUUCUACUCAAACACUGAAAUAAGUUUUCUUGAAUAUUUAAUAAAUUAUUAUCUGACACCAUUUGCAUUUACAAUCAUUUACAUAAUAACAAAACAUCAAUAAAUUUGCAUGUUUGCAUAAUUGCAUGUUGUGAUGUUGAAUGCACUCUUGAUUCUACAAUCUACAGUAUAUCAUUUUGGAUAAUUAACAGGCCCGAAGCACUGGAAGCAGUGGGAGGAGUAUCAAGAAAUUCGGAAAAUUCUGUCGAUGAAUUAAACGAUCAUCUAGAUGAAGAUCAUGAAGUUGCAGUGAACUUGGAAAUGGACUCUGAUAUGGUAAUGAUAGUAUUCUUUAAAACUUUCGUUUUCAACUUUUCAUAGAUAAGCCCAUCGAGAACUAGGAAAGGCUACCUCGUGAAUUUUCUUUCUAAUUGCCAUUGUCCUAAUUUCCUACUGUCUGCUGAAAUAACAAAAUUUCAAAAUUAAUAUUUUCAUUUUACGAGUGCGUCAGCGACGAGGAAGAAGGUCAACCACUGCUUAAAAGAAUGAAUAGUUUACCUCCCAGAAAGCAAAGAAAAAAGGCAAGAGCACCUCCCGUAUUUCCUAAAAAAUGGCUUUCGAAUCCUAAAUAUAAAGAAUGGCUACGUUAUGAUGUGCAACAUAACACAAUGUGGUGUGAUUUUUGUCGAAGUAACAAGAUAUGUGGAGUGUGGGCUGAGCAAGGAACACAAAACUUCAGGUGAUUAUAUUUCUAUCUGGCAAAAAACGUACGAAUCCAACAUUUUUUUUAAAAUUUUAGUUACUUUCUCAACAAAUUACAGGAAAAAAACUCUUCUUGUCCACAUGGCUAGCAAUGAUCAUGCAAGAUUUGCAUUGGCCCGUAAUCCAGCGCAAUCCACAGUGGUGAAAACCAGGGAAAAAAUGAAAAAACAGGAAGCGCGUUCUUAUAAAUCAGCUUUAAGAACAGUCUACUGGAUUUCUAGUGAGGAAAUUCCUAACUGCAAAUAUCCAAGCCUUCUUCAGUUCCAACGUGAGCAGGGUGUCAAGGACAUCAUUCAAAUGAAUCGAGGAAAGAAUUGUAAAAAGGAAAGUCCAGAAUCCUUUCAUGAGCUCCUCCACUCAUUAAGUGAAGUAUGUAAUAGUUUUUUUCAGUUAGUAGUUAUAUUGUUAAUUAAUGUUGUGGAGUCAAAUUAUAUAUUGUAUGGAAUUACAGGUUUUCCUGAGAAAAAUGCUCAACCACCUUAAUUCUUCGCCCUUCAUUGGCCUUGGUAUUGAUGAGUCCACAGAUAGGUCACAGGAAAAGCAUAUAGCUGCUGUAGUUAGAUAUGUCGACUCCAACGAAACGAAGAUCAAGACCUCAUUUCUUAAAUUAUCAGUUAUUACAAGCGGCACUGCUCCAGCAAUUGUUGAAGCUGUCAAGAAAAUCCUAGGAGAUUUUAGCAUUCCUGUGAACAAGGUACAUUACAUUUACAUAAUUGAAAUGAGUACUCAGGAAAUAUUUGACCAGAGAUUAGUGAUCUCUUAUUAAUAAUAUUUUAAAAAGAUUAUGAAGUACAGUUGUGAAUUUAUACAACAUUAAUACAUUCUAUAGCUCACAGGUUUAGGUAUAGAUGGAGCAUCUGUGAUGGCAAGUGAUAUGAAUGGUGUAUUGGGACUUCUGCAGCGAGAGAACCCAUUUCUAAUUGGUAUUCACUGCAUUAACCACAGACUUCACCUUGCUGUUUCCAAGGCAGCAAAAGAUAUAAAGAAUGUGAAUACACUAUCCACUAUACUCAGCACUAUUUACCAGCAUGUGAACAACUCACCUAACAGGCUUCAAAAGUUUAAAAAUUUGGCUGAUGUGCUAGGUGCGAUUAAUCAUGACAAUGCACCUGAAGAAGGAAACGAGAACAUUGCACCAUCCUUAAAGUAUCUAAAGUUCAAGCGAGUAAGAAUUAAUAUAGAUGAAUAUUAUGAAUUAAUAUAGCAGAUCCUGGAGCAUUGAAGAGGGAAACUGGAUGAUUAACUUGUUUUCUUUUCAGAUUUUUGAUAUAAGGUGGUUGUCUGUUGGGGAAGCAGUAAAGGCAGUGAUUCAUAAUUACCAACCCCUGCUUAUUCUGCUUGAAGAAGAAGCUGCUAACGAUGAGCCUACUUCGAUGGGACUUUUGGAAAAGCUAUCCUCGUAUAAAUAUGUAGCUCUACUCCAUCUCUUGGGUGACGUCGUGGGAGCUACAAAUCACCUCUGCAGAAUUUUUCAGUAUCGAGAUAUUUCAUUUUCUACAUUGCAAAGUCAGGUACUGUAACUAAAAUUUAUAAAGUUGUUACUGUAAUUCAUAAGAGACUAACUAAGAUGAAUAAAUAUCAAUUUAAUUACUUUAGCUACCAAUAUUUGUUGAGACUUUACAAGAUAUGAAGAAUCAACCUGGAAAGUUUCUUCAGAUGUUUCUUGAGUGUGUGGAAGAAGGAUCUGACGAGAUAAUUUUUGAAGGAGUUCACCUAAAAACUAAUCCUCAUCGAAACGAAAGAAUGAAUCAGUUGGAAGAGUUUGAGACAGACAGGCAAGCAUUCAUUGAUGCCCUGGCAAACAACAUCACAUCAAGGUUCCCCAAUGUUCAACUACUUUCUGCUUUUCAGGUAGUUAAUAUCAAUCAUUGUAAAAAAAAUAGUUUUUUAGUUCAGUAUAUUUUUAGUAUACAUAUAUAUGUAGUAUGAGGUGGACGAAAAGCCUUAGCAAGGUUAACAGCUCAAAUGUAAAUUGAAAAACGAAGUCAAAUAGAAAAACAGUUAAUCAGCUUUUAUUUAUUAUCCAGCAUCCCGUAGUAUCUAGUGUCUCAUUAUUUUAUAGAUAUUUGAUCCUUCUGCUUACCCAGAAAACCCUCAGCAACUCGCAGGAUGGGGUUAUGACCAUCUCAAAAACCUGCUCGAUUUCUAUGGCGAACCUAAGCGUUUGGAGAAUCAAGUCAUCCAGGCUUUGGUGAAACCAGAAGCUGCGGAAGAAGAGUUCCUGUUUUUCAAACGGCUUGUUUACCAAAACAGGGGAGAAGAUCGAAACGAAAAUGAGCAGCUGAAGUUCUGUUUUUACAAACCGCAAGAAUUAUUUACUAAGCUAUUUGGGGGUGGCAAUGUAGACAACAAAAUGAUCUAUCCACGUACGUUUAUUCCAUUAGCAUCAUAUUAAAUUCCUAAAUCCUAGAAACAGUUUACUAAUACUACCAGUUGCCAUAUAAUGUGAAUACAAUGUUUGCUCUUCCCUUCUCUAGAAAUAUACAAGCUUAUGGUCUUGACCUUGACAACGAUGCCUUCAAAUGCAGAGGCUGAACGUGUAUUUAGCGUUCAGAACAGAGUCAAAACCAAGCUGAGAACAAGGCUUGGGAUAAAUAUACUGGACGAGCUUGUGAGAGUGUCAUAUUCUAAGACAUCAGGAGAGUCCCUUGAUUUAGAUACUGCUUUAGCUAUAUUUAACGAGAAGCCACACAGGUGGUACUAG